AUGCGUUAUUAUGUGAAACCAGCAAUAUCAAGAUCCCCUGACUAUCUGCUCCUACAUGUUGGAACUAAUGACUUAAAGCGACAAACCCCUCAACAAAUAGCUGGGUCAAUUUCUACGCUUUGCCAGGAAAUCGUAAAGGAAUCACCAAAUACUAAGAUUGUAUUAUCGAAAGUUAUAACCAGAUCUGAUGACUCAAGCCUAGAUUCCAAAAUCAAAGAACUAAAUUGCAAACUAUCACAG